AUGUCCUUCCACAACCUGCCCCCGGAGAUACGGGUCCAAAUCUACAAAGAGUACUUCACCCAAGAGGGCGGCUACCAUUACAACCACGACACGGGACGGCUGACGCUUGCAGAUGGCACUCCCAUUGACCUGGCCCUCCUAUCCACGUCGAGACUCAUUGCCCAGGAAACACGCCAUUUCCCUCUUUCCCUGAAUACCGUCAACUUCUCUACCGGCUGCCCCGAAAGAGUGAAGCUUGCGUCAUGGUGCAUCCACUACCUGAUGUAUGAUAGAGCCAUAAUUUCUAGACUGGCAUUUGAGCACUUCGGGAGAUUACUAAACCCAGAGGUCUACGAGACGGUGGCUCAAAGGUACCCGGGAUUUACACGCAUCAUGGACCAAAUGAUCGCUCGUCCUACAUUGAUGAAUCGACCCAAUCCUCUGCAUGUUUUUGAAUCAGGCGCGGUGCCAUCUGUAGCUGAAGAUGCAUCACAGCUGCUCCUCCGUACCGCUCUGAGGGUCCACGGCCAUUCGCGGGUGGCCGACGUUAUAUAUGAUGCGUGGGAUUACCAUGGUUUCCCCCAUGGAUAUCGACCUUCUGAUCCUUUCAAAGUCCUCCUCCUAGACCACCAGGAAUGGGCUAUGCCUUCAAAGCGCUUGGCCAACAAGCUCGCACACAAGUUGGCUGGCGUCUCUGAAUUCCGGGGUCACCUUCCCAAUCUCGAGUUCACUAGCAGGUACCACAACAAUAGGAAUAAGAAUCGCGAUCUUAAAUUCCGCUACUCGGCAGCGGCGGCUGCGAUUAACUUCCUCAAACAUAUGCCGAGGAAUGUGCGGAUUCGACUCAGGAAACUCAGGCUUCUGGAGGACCAACCAUCCGUCCACAAAGCGGCAGGUCAUGGUCGCGGGUUGAUACCUUUCUGCGUGGAAAACCUCUCCCUCAAGGUGGAGCGGAAAGUCAGUCUGUUUGGAAAUCUGCUGCAAUCUCACGGUCGACACCAACGCCAACUUUUCCACCAAUCGGUCCCCGGCGUCCUCUCCGCAUGGCUGGUGGAGGCUCUGGCCCUGCCCUCGGCCGGCAUGCCUCCUGGCUCUUUCUCGCUCAUCAUUGACGGUGAGCCGGCUCCCGACCGGGCCAGUGAAAUAUUCCAGGCAUUCAUGCAGCGACCCGCGGCCCUGCAGGCCGCCUUUGAUGAAGCCUCCGCCCGUGGCUAUUUCGGCAAGACUCUAAGUUUUCUUCGACGUAUCCAUCAUCCCUGUUACGUCCUCGAGGAUUUUCCUCGGGCCAUGGAACUUUUGAACCACAAAGAUGACCUUCUGAUUACGAGCAAUUUUCACCCUGGUGAUCCGUGGGACAUCGAACAGACGGUACUUGACCGCCAACGCGUGGACUUUGUUACUUGGGGAUGCCAGUGGACAAUUUUUCCGACUAUUGGAUACGAUCACGAUGACGAGCCGAUUAUUCCCAAAGAUGGGUAUGGCGAUGCUGAAGACUUUACUUGUACGCCUGCAAUGGGGGCCUUCGAGCACGGGAUCUUGGCGGAAGAACGCUAUCCAAUGGAUUAA